GCCUAUCACCCAAUUAUUCAGGGGCUGAUGAACAUGAUUAAACGCAAUGACUGGGAGAGCAAAUUUGCGAAGGCGGUCUCUGAUGCCCACAAGACAGGUGUUGAAGACAUGACUACUAUAGUAACUUUGAACGACUACUAUAAUUUUCUUCAAUACUUGGUGAUGUGGGUACCCAGAGAGGAUGAAACAGGGUCUCUUGUUUACAAUAUGCUUUGCACGAUGUACUUUGUUCUCGAUCAGGAAUCUGUCAAACCGCUCCAGUCACCCAUUAAGCCUUCGUCGUAUCCACCAGAGCCGUUGUCGGAGCUAUCGCAAUGGAUAGUCUACUUUGCCUGUAUGAUGGGACAAUUUCUCAAUACACCUCAAUCACUUACUGAAGAAUCUCUGAAGACUUUUUAUGAGACGAAAGAAUAUCACAUGAAUAUUUAUGAGGCUCCCCGAGAUGGCUGGCGUUGUUUCAACGACUUCUUCGCACGAAAAGUAUUGCCCGGAGCCCGACCCAUCGACUCCCCUUCUGAUCCAAGGAUUAUUGUGAGUGCUGCAGAUUCGGAGUUCGAUGGCUCUUGGAAAAUCGAUGAAAAUGCAAUUGUCACUUUAAAAACCAUCCGCUGGACUAUUCGCGAGUUACUUGCAGACAGUAAGUACUCAGAUGAAUUUGCCGGAGGCAAAUUUAUGCACGCAUUUCUUGGACCAUCCGACUAUCACCGUCAACAUGCUCCUGUCGAUGGCACAAUUCUCGAAGCUAAAGUCAUUCCAGGACAGGCCUAUCUCGAAGUUAUUGUUAAAAAAGACUCCAAGAACAAACUGGUACUAAUACCUGGUCGAAGAAUAGGAACGGAUCAGCCAAAAGCUGAGGUCGAUGCUCCGGACUCUCCAGGGUAUCAAUUCUGUCAGGCGCGCGGUCUGUUUGUAAUCCAAUCACCGAAAAUUGGAUAUGUGGCUGUUUUACCAAUUGGUAUGGCUCAGGUGUCUUCUGUGAUCCUCACCAAGAAGGAAGGGGAUGAAGUAAAGAAAGGAGAUGAGAUAUCUUAUUUUCAGUUUGGUGGAUCUGACAUUGUCCUUUUGUUCCAGAAAAAUGUUGAAAUAACUGCUGAACAUAAACAUUAUAAAGUGGGUCAGAAGAUUGCAGUUGCCAAUAUUGCUAAUUAA